AUUAUGCCAAGGUUCAAUACGGAACACAAAUGACCACUGCUUAUAGUAUUCGCUCCCACACGGACACCAUUCAUUAGCUACGUAGCGGCGAUGGCAGCUCUGAGGACGGCACUUCAUGGACGGUUCAUUCAAGCCAUCCCCUACUCUUUGGGGUCGUUGCGGUUUGCCAGCUCAUUCAAGGCUGCAGACCUCACUAUCGAGCGCAACACUGCGGGGAAGCCCAAGCCAGACCCCGCCUCCCUGGUGUUUGGCAAGCAGUUUUCAGACCACAUGCUGACCAUCUAUUGGUCAGAGAAAGAGGGCUGGAAGGUUCCCCAGAUCAAGCCCUUUCAGAACCUGUCGCUGCACCCUGCCACCUCUGCCCUGCACUACUCCAUAGAGCUGUUUGAGGGCAUGAAGGCGUUCAGAGGGGUGGACAACCACAUCCGUCUGUUCAGACCCAACCUGAACAUGGAGAGGAUGCACCGCACUGCAGACCGCAGCUGUCUCCCUUUGUUUGAUAAGGUGGAGCUGUUGGAGUGCAUCAGGAAGCUGGUGGAGGUGGACCAGGAGUGGGUCCCCUACUCCCUAGAUGCCAGCCUCUACAUCAGACCCACCUUCAUUGGGAUUGAGCCUUCCCUGGGUGUGUCGAGGGCCAGCCAAGCCCUACUAUUUUGCAUUGUGGGUCCUGUAGGGCCCUACUUUACCACAGGGGGCUUCAGCCCAGUCUCUCUGCUGGCAGACCCAAGCUAUGUCAGGGCCUGGAGAGGGGGGGUCGGAGCCUACAAGAUGGGGGGUAACUAUGGGCCUACUAUAGCAGUGCAGAAUGAGGCUAUAAAGCAGGGCUGUCAGCAGGUCCUGUGGCUGUAUGGAGAGAAGGAGGAGAUCACAGAGGUCGGCACUAUGAACCUCUUCAUCUACUGGACGAAUGAGGGAGGAGAGAGAGAGUUGCUGACUCCUCCUCUGGAUGGCAUCAUUCUCCCAGGAGUCACCAGACAGUCUCUGCUUGACCUGGCCAGAGAAUGGGGAGAGUUCAAAGUGACCGAGCGCACCAUGGGCAUGAAGGAGCUGCUCGGUGCUCUGGACUCAGGCAAGAUUACGGAGGUGUUUGGUGCCGGGACGGCCUGUGUCGUCUGUCCCGUCGGCAGCUUGCUCUACAAAGGGAAGACCUACCAAAUUCCUACAAUGCAGAAUGGUCCAGACCUGGCCAAGCGAUUCCACAAAGAGCUGACAGACAUGCAGUAUGGCCGGAAACAGAGUGACUGGGCACCACUGGUCGUUUAAUUGGCAGCUUGCACAUGCCAAUCAAAUCGCGACCAGUACCCCGCUCCAUCUUCAAGACCAGCAGCUUCAGCACAACCCAUAAUGCACUCCUUCUGAUAGGCUGGCUGACCGGCAGAGAUGAACAGGUCACGUCUGUUACUCUUGGUGUUCCUGCGGGGACUUGUAGGAUAGGGUUAGUCUGUCAUUCAAAUGUUGCAACUUGCAUGGAAUACCGACAGUUACACAAUGCUGUGAAACGGCCGCAGCUUCGGUUCAACCAACCUAGUCUGUAUUUCUGUAUUAGGAACAAAGUCAGUCUUUUUCCUAUGCAGUCCUUUAUCAUACUGUAGCACAGGUUACAGAAGAAAUCGUCCUCCAAGCUAUUUAAUAAACACUACAUGAGAUGGUCUAUAGGGUUGUCCAUGCUAUUAGAUACAAACUGAUAUAUUGUUGUAUUAGUUUAAAUAUGCAAUACGCACAACUAUUGUAGGUGAUUACUGGUAUGUUAUAUUGGUAAUUUGCAAUAUGGGAAUAACUUUUUACAGGUACUUAAUAGGAAGAAUUGAGUCUGUUAGACAUUUUCACUGGCUGACAUCAGGAAUGUGUUGACUGUACUGUUAUUGUUAAGUGACUGUAGGAACAGAUCAGAUCAAAACCACGUCACAGGAUUUGUUACUUUCUAAAUGUCACUAUAUAACCUGAGGAAGUACAAUAUGAUUUAAAAUACUUUUUUGUUGCUGUAGAACCCAUGUAUAUCAGGCCAGGAAUACAAAUGGUUAUACAUACCAUGCUUUUCAACAAUCUCCUAGAAAUGAGUUUACACUGACCUUAGUUUGAUAUAAGUGUGUGACUGAGCAGAAGAAAGUCAGUCAAGUGAUCGGUGUGUCUUUCUGGAUUGGAAAGGUGCCACUAAGAAAGUGAUGUUGAAAAUAUUGAGAUUAAAAUGGAGAGGUCAAAGUGAACUCAAGCAUGCACAAAGAGGUUAGCUAUAGCUACAUGAUAUACUUAAGCAAUAAGGCCCGAGUGGGCGAGGUAUAUGGCCAAUAUACUAUGACUAGGGGCUGUUCAUAUGCGGAGUGCCUGGAUUCAGCCCUUCGUCGUGAUAUAUUGGCCAUAUACCACAAACCCCCGUGGUGUCUUAUUAAGCAAUAAGGCACGAGGGAGUGUGGUAUAUGGCCAAUAUACCACAGCUAAGGGCUGUUCUUAGGCACAACCCUAAGCCAUGGUAUAUGGGCCAUAUACCACAAACCCGAGGUGCCGUGUUAUUUUAAACUGGUUACCAACUUAAUUAGAGCAGUAAAAAUACAUGUUUUGUCAUACCCGUGGUAUACGGUCUGAUAUACCACGACUGUCAGCCAAUCAGCAUUCAGGGCUCAAACCACCCAGUUUAUAAUUGCUAUUAUAAACUGGUUACCAACGUAAUUACAGCAGUAAAAAUAGUCAUACCCGUCUGUUACCAUAGCUGUCAGCCAACUAGUUUAUAAUGUAGCCUUCAGAGUACGAGUGAGACCGUAAUCAUCAUGUAAACUUAAGGUAACAAUGAGUAGUUAUUUGGCUGUGGGUUUUUCUUGUCAAUUGGAACAACCGUCUUCCCAAUUAUUAACUGUAUAUCCAGGUUUAUGUCCUCACCCUGCUGCUUUCCUUUCUAUUAAUGUAUUUGACUCUUUCAUAUCGUUGGUUUUCUCCAUUCCUCCAUAAGUGCCUAACUGGGUGUGUGGACUGUCGUUGUCCUGUGGAUCUAACUUGUUUUUAGUAGUUGCACUAGGCUAUCCUGCUGGAUCUUUGUGUUUUUGUUGUGGGACAGUUACUAGAUUUUUACAAUAAACUCCAUCUGUGUUC